AUGGAAGGUGCAACUGAUAAUAGUAAUAAUAAUUUCGAACAAAAUUUAGUUGAAAUUGGCGACGAAGAAGGCAGAGAUUAUUUAAAUGAAUCAGGUAGACCAUUAGCAUAUUUUCAUCAAAUCUCCAAUUUAGAAGCCAUUGAAGGUGCAGAUAUUAUCGAAAUUGCUACAGUAUUGGGUUGGAGAGUUAUUGUCAAAAAAGGGUUAUAUAAAAUUGGAGAUUCAGUAGUUUAUGUAGAAAUUGACUCGUUGUUACCAUCAUGGCCAUAUUUUGUUUCAGAUGGCUUGGAUAAAAAGAGUUUUAAAAUCAAAACUAUUAAACUUAGAGGUCAAAUAUCACAAGGGUAUUGCAUCCCAGUUAAAGAAUUAUUAAACCAUCCAAAUAAAAAAGUAUCACCAAUAUACCACAGUGAACGUUUUGAUGAAAUUAUUGAACUUAAAGACGAAACUACAGGAAAAACUAUUCCAAUUGAACUUGGCUACAACUUAACCGAGUUUAUUGGUAUCAAAAAGAUUGAAGAAUAUGUACCAACUAUAAGAACUGGCCCAAAUAAAACAAAAAUCUACACUUUUCCAUCAUUCAUAAAGAAAACCGAUCAAGGAAGAAUUCAAAAUUUAUUGCACUAUUUUGAUACACAUAAAGAUAAGGAAUUUGAAGUAACUGAAAAAUUAGAAGGUUCCUCCAUCACUGUAUAUAGAUAUAAGGACAAAAACGGUAUUUGCUCAAGAAAUUAUCAAUUAGAAAAAGUAGAACCAUCCACAGAUAUUCAUCAAGCCAUUAUCGAAGAUUUAGAUUUAAUAAAUAAAUUAAUAGAAUCCAAUUUAAACAUUGCUAUUCAAGGUGAAAUCAUUGGUCCAAAAAUCCAAGGUAACAUUUACGCUUUAAAAAAACACCAUUAUAAAAUUUUCGAUAUUUAUUUAAUCGAAAAAGACCGUUAUGCAACAUACGACGAAAGAAUCGAAUUAUUACAAAAACUAGGUUUAACUAUGAAAGAUCAUGGUGCCCCAAUUUUAUUUAAAUCCUUCUCACUCAAUGGUAAAACUCUUAAAGAUAUUUUGGAAUUAGCCGAUGGUUUCUCACAAUUAAAAGAAUCAAAACCAAAAGUACUUCGUGAAGGUUUAGUAUUCAAAUCAUUAUCAACUCAUAACGAUGUAUCUCCAUAUGUCGUUUCCUUUAAAGCAAUUUCAAAUCAAUAUUUAUUAAAAAAGAAAUAA